CACACCACUCUCUUUCUGAAGCUUAAAUCUCUUUGGCUGGGGCAACAGGUGUGUUUACUUGUGGAAUUUGGGGAGCUUCUGCCUCUGAGAGCCACCAGCUCCUUUGGAUCACGACUUGAGAGGGCAGCUCAGCCCAAGUAGCCUGAUGGUCAUGACUGAGUUCCUAAUUACAAGGGUAUUACUGGUUAUCUUGUUGAGGGAGCUGGACUAUUCCUCAGCUUUUCCAAGAGCCAGAAGUUCUGUGUAUCCUGAGGCAUGGCAUGACAAACAAGAAGGAUAUGCCUAUGGGAAUCGUCGCCCUCUCCAGUACAUCCAGGCUUUGAGGCAGUCCCACAGAAUACUACGGCCCAAUGUCCACGAUCAAGUUCAGGUCAAUACCUGGCAAAAGCCUCAGGAAAGUUUUCGUGUCCGUAGCCAUGCCCAGACACAAAAUCAACCCAGUCUGUACCACCAAACCCAGAGCCCAUGGACACAGGAAAUGUCCCCAUCCAAAUAUCCAUCAAAGACCAUGAGAGACCAUCCAUUGUCCAAGCCCAGAAGCUUUGAAUUCAGCCUAAAAGUUCCUUCUGUCAACGUCCCGGGCCAAAACAAAGAGACCAGUUCAACCACUAAAGGCUCUGAUUUGAGCAGCGGUAGGAGCGAUGGUAGUGUUCAAAUCUAUAGCAGCUUCAACAGCCCUUCUGGUUCGGACUCCACAAUUCACCCAAAUGGAGCAAAAACUGCCCAUGAAGUUACCGAGCCAAGCUUUCAACUGGGCUUCUCUAUUCCAACUCCGAAACCCUCCAUUAGUAAUGGUGGCCAUCUCGCAAAUCUACAAAGACCAGGAAUUGUUGGUUUUGUUGAGAACAGUUACAUGGAACCAGCAAAAAUCCCCAAAUAUCCUCCUCCACAAUCCAACAAUGAUUACAGUGACUACUAUAGUGCCCAAAUAGACCCCAUGAGUAAUGACUGUGUGAAGGGCCAAAGUGGACAAACAGUCUCAUCAGACCCAACAAAUGUCCAUCUUUCUUUAUAUUCAUCACAAUAUGAAAGAGUUCCAGGAGGAUAUAACUGUGCUGGUCAGGUCAAACCCAGUGGCAACAAUUAUGGCCAACAUCAAACGUGGCAGCCAGCUGGUACUCAAUUUCCCUUUGCUUCAGAACAGUAUAACUACGGCCAAUUUAAACCAUUUGGUCACAGACAGAAUGUGGAGACAGUACCUCUUCCAGGGCCAACACACCCAUCAUCUCCCACUGUUCCUCCAUCCCAAUAUGAACUCCCAUCAUUUCAUCAAGUUGGCACCACUAAAUAUUAUGGACCAGGCAAUGUGGUUCAGAUGGGACCAAAAUAUCCCCUUUCCCCUUAUCCUUAUCAAUACAGCAGUGGUCAGAGUGGCCAAGAUGCAUUGCCUGAUCAUCUCACUGCUUUUGACCCUUUGCCCAAUUUCCAGGGGCAGUCAAAUUAUUAUCAAACCCAAAUGAGACCCCCCACACAGUACACUAGAGAGCAACUGGAUGUAAAACCCAAAUACACACAACUCUUUAUUGAUGUGGAAGAUGUAACAGACGGAGGGGAUGGACAGCACAACUAUUUUGUAGCUCCACCAAGAUACUAUGAUGGUUACCCUGGCAAAUGGACUGAGUAGAACAUGUCAAACAUCCGUUAGCAGUCCCGAUCCACCAUUUACGAAGGUCCAGUCUCUGGUUUCAGUGGGCCAUGGCCAACUCACUGAGCUACUUAACUCCACUUUUGAAAGUUACGCAAGCAACAAACCUGAGUAUUACAUGUCUGUCAACUACCAAUCUCCUAGCAUGGACAGGGAAGUAAACCAAUAUAGUUGUCAAAAAAUAACAGAAAGAGUUACGAUCCUGUUCCUGGACAGGCUAACUAUGCUUCACAUGUGGGAGCACAGUCUAGGGAACCAAUGUUCCUGUCAAAUAAUACAAGUCUUUAGAGAGCACAGUGGAGGAUAUGAGCCAGGUGUUUGCUCAAGACAAACGUGUUGCCCAGGAUGUGCAUUCUAGGUGGCGCAAACCACAAUCCUGAAGAUCUACUAUGGUAUCUGUGAAGUAAAGGAUCAACUGAUGUCAGCAUGCAUAGCAUCCCGUGAUGAGCCUUCAGGGUAAAGCAGACCAGCCACAAGGAAAGGGAGCACAGAUUGUGCGGUAAACUGAAGCAGUGCAUGGAGGAUAAUCUACUGCCCAAUUGUUUCCAUUAGUGUCCAAGCUCUAUCCUCUGCUUUUAAUUCUUUAAAUUACUACUCAGCUUCUGUCAAGGUGUUUAAAUAAAUGGUUUUGUGUAAUACAUAUUCCCUUUGUUACCAAGAGUUGGAUGAGAAAAUCUAUACUGCUGUCUGUAAAAUGGCCUGAUUGCUUGGCUCUGUCUGGAGGUUUAAAAAAAAUCUACUUACCUACCGGUACAGCCCACUGAUAAACACACAUCUCAUUUGUUUUCACCUGUGCAAAACUUUGAAAUGUAAAAAUGAAAGGCUGUGGUUUGAGGCUAUAUAUGCGUGGCAAUUUUGUGGCCAGAUGCAGUGAAGUCAUGCAUGCCCACGCUUUAGUCCUAAGUGUAACUUAGCAUAACAGUGAUAUUGAUCUUCUCAUGUAACUCUCAGCAAGAAAGCAAAAUGAGUGGAUUCAAAGUGUUUGAAUUAUUCCUUUUUAAAAACUAAAUUUACUUCAUACAGGCCAGAAACAGUUUCCCAUGCUAUCACAAACAUAUCAAGUUUCAAUCGUAUAUAUCGGUAAAAUCCUUUUCUACAUAUUUUGACAUCUGUCAGCAACCCUGUAUUGGAAAGGAAUGCAUUUAUUGGUUGAAUUAAAUGAACUGUCUUAUCUGUCAAAACUUACUUGUGAUACAUGCCACAGUGAGUGUACAGCCUCUCACAAACGCUGAGGCUACAUGUUCAAAAGAAUCAGUGAUCAAAGGCGCUCCUGCUGUUAGAGGCAGUCUCAUGAGUGAGGUGUGAUCUCUUCAAAGGAUUCAACUUUGGAUCGCUGCCAAUACUUGUUUGUUGAGGUUACGUUCUGCAGUGUCACUUCUGUAAACUAACUGUACUGUAGUGGGGAAAAUGCAUUCAGGGAUAAGGUUCUGUGAACAUGAAGCAAACUAUUGUUAUUUCAUGUUUUACAGGCUUACAGUAUAAUAUUUUAUGUUCACGUAUGUUAAUCCUCAUGCAUUCACACUUUUUUGUCUCACACUAGUUAGAAGAGUCCAAAGACCAAGGCUGUCUCCUGGAGAGUAGGGCAUCAGAUGUGUUAUGACUACUGCUUAUCAGACAUUAGACGUCACCAAUAGACACUCUAGGGGAAAGAGGCAUGUAAUAGAGUGAUUUUCUUUGUUUUAGUUAGUUGAUUCUAGAGACAACUCAGUUUGCUUGUAUCCUGUGUUGAUGCAAAUAAAUCUUACACGUGAAGUGAAA